AUGGUCAACAAGUUGAAGAUCAAGCAUAUUGGGCUUGCGAUCUUCUGUUACGAUUGUAACUCGCGCACCGACCCGCGAUGUGGAGACCCAUUCGACAACUUCUCCAUCGCCCAGGUUGACUGCUCGCAGAAAAUUAUGCCGCACCUCAACAAUUCCACAGCCAACAAAUGUCGGAAAAUCACGCAAAAAGUGGAUGGAACGGUGCGAGUACACCGGUCUUGCGGGUGGAUAGACGAUCAUUACGGAACAAAUUGCUACAUGCGGUCCGGUACUUACCACGUACUCGUGGAGUACUGCGCAUGUGAAGGGGACGCCUGCAACGCCGGAGUGACGGUGACGCCAUCCUGGACUGCCGCCGCGGUGGCGUCCGCAGUCCUCUUGCCGGUCCUCAUCGCCGCCCUCUGAUGCCCCAUCACAUGACCUCGACUUGUUGCCUUGUUCUUUGUCGCGUUCAUUGCUUCCGCCCGGGGUCGCCUCCAGUUGCCUGGGGGCGCCUGCUCAGUUCCGCGCCUCGGACUUCGCAUGGGUUCAGGGGAUUAUCGCCGGGUUCCGUUUUCAUGGCUUCGUUUUUCGCAGACUCGUUGGUUCCCUCGCCGGAAGGCUGAGUGCGACGGGCCAUAUUUGGUUAGGAAUCUUGCCUCAUCAGUCGUGUUCUCUCUUGUGUUUCUUUUUACAAUAUUUCCAUUCCUCGAAACUGAAUCGAAAACUGUAAGGCUGAUCGAGGAACCAUGAGCUGAGCAGGACAUUGUUUCCGUCGCAUUCCGGAAUAUAUUGAGCAUGAUGUUAUACACAGCGUUCCUCGGCGCCGGGAGAAGCGCAGGCACAAUGUAAUUCUUCCCGAUUUCCGGUUAGUUUUUUUUUCGGGAUAUCUUGGCAGGCGGCGAUCUCUUCUGAUGCUGGCUUUGUCCUUUGCCAAUAUACUGUAUUUGAUGUCAAGUCGGAGCUAGCGGAGGUAAAAGAGUGAGCGAACUUGAACAGUGCCUGAACAGUAGGGUGAGAAAAAGCGGAUGAACUGACCGCAAUGAUAGCUGAAGUAUUUUCACUGCUAGGUCUUCAUUCUAGCGACUUAUUCGAGUGUUCUAUCUGCUAGCUUUUCAAGGGGCAUUUCAAAAAUUCAUUCAAGAUGGGGUGCACGCGUGGUGCCUGUUUUUCUGUUCUCAAAACCUGGCGAAUUGUAUUAGCAAAUUCACCCCACAGAAAUGUUACUGAAAAGCAUGGUACAUACUUGAAUAGUAAGCACUUUUUUUUUUACUUGGAAGCAAAAAAUCAGUGUGCAUAUUAGAAUAAACUUUCUUAUCGUUUUAUCGGAAAAUUACCACUUUAUGGGGUGGUUCAAAAACUAUGCAUCCGUGCAAGCGAUUGAACUCUCAUCAAUAAGUCAUCAAAAAAUAUUUGUAGCUUAAACGUCGAGGUAAGAACUUCACUGCAAAAACAAGUGACCAGUCAAAGAGUAAAUUUCAUGAAUUUCAUUUGUUUUCUGUUGUUGCAGUUUAUCUUAUCCUUGAGAAAACCUUGCCAUUGGAAAUUGUGUUUACUCGUUUUCCACCUCGUACGAUAAAAUUUUUGACGAACCCGUGAGGGGUAUCUUAUCUUACAUAUGCCCACAAACUUCCGAAGAACGGGCUUAAAUAUUUGCACGUGAAUCUUAGCAUCGAUGGCAUCUCAAAUAUUCGCAUAAUUGAGAAAAUUUUACACGUGGAGUUUUAUGAAAUGCCCUUUCGCGAGCUUGUGUGGCGCUUUGCUCAACGCCACGGAGUGUUAGUCUCUUUAUAGGGUCUCGUCACUGCCAAUAUCAAGACGUAGGAGAAGAUCACUAUCGGGAUUUCAUAUGCGAAAAGGGGGUGAAAAUAUAUACAAUGGAUCAAUUCAGGCUUUCGCGUCUUGUUCGAUGAGCGAUUUCCAGUCGAAGCCGUCCGAGAAAUUCCUGUCAACAACAUGACGAAUACGGGGUUUACAUGGUAACAAUGGGUUGGAUGAGUGCGGCUUAAAUACCUGAGAAACGUGCGUCAGCGAGUUUUAUGUACUGGCACAUUUGUCGGCCAGUGUGUUCGGUCUUAACGCACUCGGUGCAUUCAUGAUCAGGGGUUUUCUUUUUUGCGAAAGAGUCACCUAAGGAUUUCUUAUGUCGAUGGAAAGAGAUAUCGUGAAAAAGGGGGUUCAUGCGCUCUUAUUUUCCGUUGAAACUCUCCGAAAGUUGUGGGACAAGGUGUGAUUCGAAGCGUGCUGCUUGGGUGACUUGUACGUGUGAGGCUCCGGCCGAAAUUCACACGACCAUGUUGUGCAUUACUCAUCAGAGAAUCUAGAGGGAAAAAAAAAUAUCGCAGGCAUUUUUGUUACGCCGGCAUUUUUACAGUCGCACAUUUGAAGUCAAUGCGACGUGGUUUCGAUGAAAGCUGAAUUCUGAAUCAUUCGGCGCAGUUGUCGGUAUAGAAAUUGAAAAUUUCCUCAGCGCGUUUGUUCGGGUCUAGAUUGUGUUUUCAUAAAGUUCACGCAUUAUUUUCAACGAUCGUCGAAAGCAGUCUACUGGCCCAUGACAGCAUCGUUUUCAAGUCAAGCCCCUGUUUGCCAUUUUUUUGGUAAGUGAGCUGGAAAUUACGCAUGAAAAAUGAAGGGAAACACUAGCCUGGACUUGACAGCAGAAAUUCUGGUUUCACCCUGGGUCCUUCUUUGGUUUCGAACCAACUGGGAACAAAAGUCUUUUUUUUUACGCGGCACUUUUCAAGUCUCUAGCAACUGCUUCAACUUUUUUAAUUUCGUGGGAUCCUUUGUGUGGACUGUAGUUUUCAAAGUUCGGAAUGAAGGCCAUCAGCCAAUGGGAGCAAUCGAAGCAGCAAUAAAAAUAUUCCUGGUGGUGCUUGGAAAGUGAAGUUGCUUCACGAAAAGUUGUUACUGUCAUCCUGGGCACUGAGAGAAGCGAAAUUUAGCAUGCCUGCAAAUCAUUCCUCAGUUGAACAAUAUCAUAUACUUUUUAUGCUGCCUUAUGUGCCCCCCAAAAAAUAAAAGUCCCCGUGAAGGGAUCUCAGAGCACGAUUAGUUUCCUCCGUCAAUAGACUGCUUCCAAGGAAAGAUGACGUGUCACUUUCAAAUUUUAAGAAAACACCCUGCCUGAGAUAUCCGUCUAUCAAUGCCUGGACAACAGGACGCGUGUAUCUGAAUCACCGCGCAGGAAACCAAAAAAAAAAAAGCAGGUUAAUCUCAGUGGGAUAACAUGGUCUGAUUGUUGGUUGAUGACGUGAAAGAUUGUGAAUGAGAGGAAGAGAGACAGGGUGAGAGGUAGAAAAAGGGAGAUAGAUAAUAGAGAGUCGCAGGACUCUGUGUAUAAGGGGCAGAGGAGAGAAUAAAACCGCCGGCCUUAACAUUUUGUGCGCAGAACUCGUCACCCAGCGAUGGGCUCGCACGGGGAACUUUACCUUCGAGUUAUACGUAAAUUUCGGAUUCCGUGUCUAAGGCAGUGUAAGUCUGCGUGGGGAGGGAAACAAAUCGUGUCGUUUUCGUGAAAACGUGGCAGCCUGCUUCACAUUUCGUUAGAAUUUCUCCCUGUUUGUUUUUUUUUUUUUUCGUUCCCGCUUUCAACCAACCGCGAUGCAGUACUGUAAUCACUUCACUGCGUCUGGAUUUUUUUUUUUUUUAAUGUUGCCUGUGUUGGUGUCGAGUCACGGAGGUGACGCUUGUGCUGACGACUUCUUUGCUCAUGACUGAAUGUGUGUGACUCUUGUGUGUUUUACCCUCCCUUCGAUAUUUGGGCCCCGUUUUUUCCUUCUUUUUUGCUUCUGCGAAAAAAUUGCUGGUGAGUUUUCAAUCUUAAAACUCCAAGGGUUUAAUUCGCUUUUGCAGCUCGGCAAGAAAACGUUACGUCAGAUAAUCGAUUGAUUUUAUUUAGUUUGUGAUUACUUUCCGACGAUGUUAUUCGUCCUUCAAAUCGCACCUUGUCGCAGCAACGGGCCUUUCGGGAUGUUUGCUGUGUAAUUUUUUUUUUUUUGGCGUGCCCCCGCGUGAGAGAGUGGGAGAGAGAAAGAUUGCAUAGUUGCGAAUUCGUACCAAUCGGUUAUGUUAGUUAUGUUAUGACAGUGAGUAAUAAAAAAAAAUGAUUUGGACAGCA